UCUAUGGCGGGCCUGGCCCCGCGCCUGCCUUCGCUGCUGCUGCUCCUGAGGCGGCGCCGGCCUCGGGCGCCCUUCUGCGGAGGAUGGGCCGCGCUCGCCUCGCCUGCCGCCUCUGGCCGCCUCUCGCCGCCUCUCGCCUCGUCCUCCUCCUGGGCAGCCCCGCCGAAGAAGGCGGAGGACCCCCCCGAGGCCCGGCCUCCUCCUCCUCCUCCUCCUCCUUCUCCUCCCUCGGAUGCCCAGAGGUUGCUGGCCUUGGCGCGGCCGGAGAGGGGGCGCCUGGCAGCUGCUGUUGGCUUUCUGACCGUUUCCAGUGUGAUUACUAUGUCUGCUCCUUUUUUCUUGGGAAAAGUUAUUGAUGUCAUUUACACAAAUUCCAGUGGUGACUUUGGGGAAAACCUAUCCAACCUCUGUGCCUUGUUAAGUGGAAUAUUUUUGUGUGGUGCUGCUGCCAAUGCGACCCGUGUCUACCUCAUGCAGACAGCAGGACAACGAAUUGUGAAACGUCUAAGAGCAACAAUGUUCUCUUCUCUCUUGAAACAAGAGAUAGCGUUCUUUGAUAAAACCAGCACUGGAGAGUUGAUUAAUCGCUUGUCUUCAGACACGGCACUCUUGGGCCGUUCAGUCACUGAAAACCUUUCUGAUGGACUUAGAGCUGGUGCUCAGGCCUCAGUUGCAGUUGGGAUGAUGUUUUUUGUAUCUCCCAAACUAGCCACAUUUGUUCUGAGUGUGGUGCCACCUCUGGCUUUUAUCGCUGUGCUGUAUGGAAGAUAUUUACGAAAACUUACUAGAAUGACACAGGAUUCUCUUGCAGAUGCUACGCAGUUAGCAGAAGAACGGAUUGGAAAUUUAAGGACUGUUCGAGCUUUUGGACAUGAGUUAAAUGAAAUGGAGAAAUAUAGGAACAAAGUUGAUUAUGUGCUACAGUUGGCCAAUAAGGAAGCCAUUGCUCGAGCAGGAUUCUUUGGAGCAACUGGGCUCUCUGGGAAUUUGAUUGUGCUCUCUGUUUUAUACAAAGGAGGAUUACUGAUGGGCAGUGCCCACAUGACUAUUGGUGAACUGUCUUCUUUCUUAAUGUAUGCCUUCUGGGUUGGCAUAAGUAUUGGAGGUUUAAGCUCUUUCUAUUCUGAACUAAUGAAAGGAUUAGGUGCAGGAGGGCGUCUCUGGGAACUCAUUGAUCGAAAGCCAGGACUUCCAUUUAAUGAGGGCAUUGUAUUAAACCAGGAUGCUUUCAAAGGUGCUCUGGAGUUCAAAAAUAUCCAGUUUGCCUAUCCAACUCGACCAGAAACUUUAAUUUUUCAAGACUUUACCCUUUCCAUCCCAGCGGGCUCUGUUAUGGCCUUGGUUGGCCCGAGCGGCUCUGGCAAAUCUACUGUUGUGUCUCUUCUGCUUAGGCUUUAUGAUCCUGUCUCAGGAGUGGUCACUGUUGAUGGUGUUGAUAUUCGUCAACUAAAUCCACUCUGGUUCAGGACUAAAAUUGGAACAGUAAGUCAGGAACCUAUUCUGUUCUCAUGCUCUAUCGCUGAAAACAUUGCCUAUGGUGCGGAGGACCCCUCUGCAGUUACUAUGGAAGAAAUUGAAAAAGUUGCUGAGAUUGCAAAUGCUUUUAGCUUUAUCCAAAAUUUUCCAAAAGGAUUCGAUACUUUAGUUGGCGAAAAAGGAAUUCUUCUUUCAGGUGGACAAAAGCAACGAAUUGCAAUUGCCCGAGCUCUUCUCAAGAAUCCAAAAAUUCUUCUUCUUGAUGAAGCAACAAGUGCAUUGGAUGCUGAAAACGAAUUCCUUGUCCAAGAAGCAUUAGAUCGACUCAUGGAAGGAAGGACUGUUCUCAUAAUUGCCCAUCGUCUGUCCACUAUUCAGAAUGCGAAUUCUGUUGCAGUUCUUGAUCAAGGAAGAAUUGUUGAGUGUGGGAAACAUGAAAAAUUGCUUGCAAACCCAAAUGGACUCUUCAGCAAAUUAAUGAAGAAACAGUCUUUUCUCCAGCACAGUGAAAAUGUUGCAUUAAAUGUAAAAUCUUGAAGAAGAAAAAAGACUUUAAAAUGAAAUAAUAUAAAGAAUGGAAAUGUAACACAUUUCCAAGUAAUUUUAAAUUAUGUUUCAAUUCAUGUAUAAUAAAUGUGUUUAUAUUUUUCCUGUGUAUUUUAAAACAUGGCUGUACUAAACUUUUUAUUCAGAGAAUCUAAUUAUAAUUAUAUUCUUGUGAAGAUAUGAAACAGUAAAUUGUUUUUACAAUGUAAAUAUUUUUAUGCUGCUUUGAUUGAUGGAUAUGGAUGUUUACUAUUUUUUAAACCUGACGGCGUGGAAGCACAUUCUUUUUCCAUUUAAGAUGGUGAUAAAUUAAAUGUGUAAUUCUGGUA